UUUAUUGAAAGCCCAUUUGUUUUUAACUCUUGACAACUUUAUAUACGUUGACGGUAAACCUAUUUUGCUGCUGCCCUUGAGAAAUACCCUAAUUUACAAAUUCUCAGGAAGGAGGAUCAGGAAACAUUUGGAGAGACUCAAAGGACCGACCGACCAUGUAUCUUCAGUGCUAUAUCAACGAAAAGGGCGAGAAAGUUUACACCACUAAGAAAGAAUCACCACUCGGGUUAGCCACUGAAUCUGCUCAUCCAGCCCGAUUCUCCCCUGAUGAUAAAUACUCAAAGGAGAGAGUUACUUUGAAGAAGCGUUUCGGUCUCUUACCCAUCCAGGGCGCACCUGUCAAGUACUGAAAGGCCUAAAACACUCUGUCGUCCCUUUGGUUUUUUCAUGUUUUGCUGCUACGUUGUUUCUUAAUGAAACCGUCUUUGUAAUUGUAUCGUCUCCAAAUAGUGGAGUGAACCUUAAAAGAAGCAAGACUUCGAGAGUUAUUAAUU